AUGAUUACAUCAACACUUCCUGGUCUUGGCAAAACAGAACGAAUCAGACGUGAAAUACAAGAGAAGAAAAUGAACGCCGCAACAUUUUCAAUCAGUGGUCCAUUUGAGCCAAGCAAACUCAUUGAACGCCUGAAAAAGCUCAAGCUCAGGAAAUAUCAUUGCUUGCAUCUGGAUAUUGGCGAAGUAAGUGACCCGUUGCUGUUAGAUACAUUCUUAUUUCAACUAAUUGUCACUGGGAUGGUUUCAGCGGGAAUGCAAUUUUAUCAUCUUCCAACAACGCACAUCUACAUUGAGAUUGCGAACACGCUGAAAGAUUGGCUCCUGGAAUCUUUAGUUGUGUCAAAAUAUUUCACACGGAUUCGCUUGGAGUGGCAGAAUUACAAGAAUCUUUUAGUCAGCCCGGAAAUUACAAGUAAUAUCCAAGUUGUUUGCCAGUACUUGGAUAUAUUCGAUCGAACUUGUAUGGAAUUAGAAGAAGUCCAAUUUAGUGGAGCAACUAAGUCAAAACCUUUGUCAGCAAGACGUUGCCAAGAUCUCCUGGCUAAAUACUACUCGUCAGAUGCUGAUAUCACCUUCACAACCCUUCAUAGAUUUCUUGGAGUUCUGGCUAGUCAACUCUCAAAAUUUUCUGAAAGUGCCUUUUUCAAAAUUGCAAAUCUAAAGUCUAUGAUGGGUGAUAAAGGUCAUAGUGUUCGCAGUAAUCUUUUUGGCGCCCUUUUGAAAGUAUCUAAAGAAUUUGCAUCACGAGCUAUAAAUACCUGUCGCUCCAGUGAUAAAAAGAAUCUAUCUCAAGAAGAGUCAGCGAAAGCGUUUGACGAGGCCAUGGUGUCGACUGCCACGUCCGCUAAAGAUAUGGUCGAUUGGGUAACGGGAAUGAUAAAGUGGAAAGAGUGGAAUGAUUUUUUUGUCGUGUUUCAUGGUCUUAACUCGCAAGCAAUCACUGCCAUGUAUUGGAACAGAUCACUUGUUCCCGAAGGUGUGGAAAUGUUACUAAAAAGUCAGGGUGUGGGAGAAAAUGAAGAGCUUGAAGACUUCAACUGUUUUACUCAAGAACAGCUUCAAAAGAAACUAGAAAAGAUAGCUUGUUCUAAACCAGUUGAAAGGAGCAACUUAUUCCAAGGUUAUCGUUAUGCACUGACCCCAGAUAACAUCUUGAAAAUGAUAUUGAUCAUAUUACGGGUCCGUGCAAAUAUCCCGAUCAUCAUUAUGGGAGAGACAGGCUGUGGGAAGACUAGCCUUGUCCGCUAUUUGGCUAAAACGUGUGGCGUACAGUUUCAUACAUUCAAUUUCCAUGCUGGAAUAUCGGAAAAAGAUAUCGUUGCAUUUAUCAGUAUGAUAAACGAGAGAAACGAAGAAAUGUGGAUAUUGCUGGACGAAAUAAACACGUGUGAUCAUCUGGGAUUGAUCAAUGAUAUAAUGUGUCAUCAUUCUUUGUGCGGACGACGACUAUCCAAAAAUCUUGUUUUCCUUGCAGCUUGUAACCCGUACAAGCUACGUCCUCAAGAACACAUUAGAGCAGCUGGUCUCGAAGGUAAAAAUAUCACUGAUGAGUAUUCUGGACUUGUUUAUCCUGUCCAUCCACUACCAGAAGCUAUGAUUGACUAUGUUUGGGAUUAUGGUGCACUAAGCCCAGAAGAUGAGCGAAACUAUAUUAAGAGAAUGGUGAGAGACCUGCCAAAGAAAUAUGAGGGAAUGCUCGUUGAUUUGCUAGCUGUUUCUCAAAAUCUCAUUCGGAACGUUGAAAAAAAUCAUUUUUGUGUCAGUCUACGGGAUGUGAACCGUUGCAUUCACUUGAUCAGUUGGUUCAAUAAUAUGCUCAAGACGCGACAAGAGCUUAAGGAAAACAAGGUUGAAUACCCCAGCCAUCUUCAACAAUAUCAUUCGAUUUCACAACAGUACAAAAAUGAUCCGACGACCAAGAGUAUUGUCCUCGCUCUUGCACAUUGUUAUUUAUCCAGAUUACCAACCGCGGAGUUGCGAAGAGAUUACCGAGAAAGCAUGAUGUACAUAUUCAGCAACAACAAGAUACAAAUGACCUACGAUGCAAAUGUAGAUACGUUCACAGCCAUUGUACGUAUGGAGGAGGAAGAUUAUUUAGAACGAAUGGACCUCCCACCUGGGACAGCAAGAAACGCUGCACUUCGGGAGAAUAUGUUUGUAAUGUUGGUUUGCAUCUUAAACCGCAUUCCAAUUUUCGUAGUUGGAAAGCCUGGCUGCAGCAAAUCAUUAUCCAUUCAAUUGAUUCGAAGCAACCUACGCGGACGUGAUUCACGAGAUCCUCUAUUUAGACAGUUGCCACAACUUUACGUCGUCUCAUAUCAAGGUUCAGAGUCGUCCACAUCAGAAGGAAUCAUGAAAGUGUUUGAAAAGGCACGAAAAUACAAAGACUACAACAAAGAUGGAAAUGUUCUGCCCGUCGUUCUACUCGAUGAAGUUGGAUUGGCUGAAAAUUCAAAGUAUAAUCCUCUUAAAGUUCUUCAUAGUUUGCUGGAACCUGGUGAAGGAAAAUUGCCAGAUGUUGCCAUCGUAGGAAUUUCUGAUUGGUCUCUAGAUGCUGCCAAGAUGAACAGAGCUAUUCAUUUAUCCAGACCAGAGCUAAACAAAGAAGAUCUUUACGAGAUAGGGCAUUCACUGCAUUAUGCUGAUGAAGGAGAUGACAGCCAACACUUGAGAGUUGAAGAACUACGAUGUUUAGCCGAAGCCUAUUUUGAAUAUCAAGCUCAACAAAGACAUGCGAAUUUCCAUGGUCUUCGCGACUAUUACUCCCUAAUCAAGAGUUUGACUGGUAGUAGUAGCUUCCAGCAAGUAAACAUUUCACUACAGCGCAAUUUUGGUGGACUUCCAGGUGAAGUGACCAACAUUCAGAAGAUUUUCCUUGACAAAUUAAAAACAUUCAUGGUAUCAAGUGGUCAAGACAUUAUUCCAAUCACACAACUAAUUCAAGAGAAUCUCUCAGACCCUUACGCUCGCCACCUGAUGCUUAUAACAAACGGGGAUUUAGCCCUUGGUAUCCUGAAGCAAAGUCUGGCUCAGUUAGAAAAGGAGACCAUCACGAUAUUUGGCAGCCGAUUCGAGGAAGACCUUUCGGAAGAGUACAGCUACAGAAUCCUCAGUCGUGUCAUUCUUUGUAUGGAGCGGGAUUGCAUUUUAAUUUUGAAGGAUCUAGAAAGCAUUUAUGGAAGUCUAUAUGAUAUGCUAAACCAGAAUUACACCGUGGUCGGGAACAGGAAAGACUGUCGUGUGGCCCUUGGAGCUUAUAGUAAUCCAAUGUGUCAAGUAAAUGAUGGCUUUCGUUGCAUUGUCCUCGUUGAUCAGCACAAAGUAAAUUAUUCUGACCCUCCAUUCCUCAACAGAUUCGAAAAGCAACUUUUACGAUUUUCUGAUGUGUUGACUGAAGAUCAGAAGGGUGUUAUUAACGAGCUGAACCGUUGGGUUGGAGGAAUUUCUACCGUAGAAGGUUUACAAUCACAUUUCCACGUAUCAGAUGUUUUCAUUGGUUUUCAUGAAGACACCCUCCCAUCACUGGUUUUAUCACAUAGUCAUGACGCAGAUAGCUCAACAGACGUUUUGAAGAAAUGCAAAGAUGACCUGAUGUGGGUUGCUUCACCUGAUGGCGUGCUUCGAAUGCAAAAAUGUAACUUUUUGAAAGAAGAUUCAAGCGAAGUCCAAGACCUAAGUGAUGAAUAUUUCCGGAAACCACUCCAUCAUGGUUUUCCCGCCUUCUUUGAACACGUUGUUGCGAAUCAUCAGGAAUCUUCUUUCUUUGCUAGUGAUGAGAUUGGUUCCAAAACGAUUGUCAUGACAUUUGCCAACAUUCACACAGAUAUACGUCAGUGCUUGGGCAAUGGUGUAAGAUGUCAAGUCGAACGACUGAGUGCGUACAAGUCAGAGAAGCAGUUAGCUGAAAGAAUUAGCCAAUUCUGGAAUGCUUCAGAAAAGGAGUUGCUGGUUUUGCAGUGUAAACCAGAUUUAGAUGGCACACAUUUACUCCUUGCCCGUUCCAUAAUUGAAGAAAAACGAGAUGCCUACAAGCAAUGGUUGCAUGAAACAGAGAGUAAAGCACAAGGAUUCAAGCACGUUUGUAUCGUAGUACAUGUGCAACGCGGAGAAGAAAACGCAAAUAGUAUUCGGUGGCAGUUCAGCUUUUUGUGUGGUUGGAGACAAGUCUUCCUUGACGUUCUUGAAGCCCCUCUUGUUCCACUAAACGAAAUUCUCGAUUGUUCACAACUGGUGGAAAAUAAAGAUAAUUUGGAUGAAAAUGGUGAACUAAACCAGUCUGUUCGACAACAGCAACUGGAAAGAUUUGCAAAGAUGAUCACAGACCAGGUACCCGAACUUGACAGCAUAACCACUCACUUCCAUAUUUUGUACAUGACGGAUAUUUUCGAUAUGAUGACUGCCGAUUUUAGACUAACAUUACCUCGUUCACAGAGGGUGGCACUAGUACAAGCAGUGUUUACAUCGGAGGUUAAGCAGGGGUUUCCGGCAAAAGACAUGCCCGAAUUUUUCGCAUUGCUUCACACAUUUGCUUGGGUUCACCGGGAAGAGAUUCUAGAUAUGCUGAAAAUGAUUGACCAUUGUCGCUUGUUCAUAGAACUAAGCGUUCUUUUAAAGAUAACGGAUGAUAUACUGGGCAGUUCGAAAGAAGUUAUGCUGGCGGAAAUUGAUGAAACGGAGUCAAACCCACAAGUAGACAGCCAAACUGAAACGCUUAAUGAAAAUCUGGAGACAGCAGAAAACACUGAAAGCGACGGUGAAUUGGAAUCAAACGAAGAUCCAUCCGAGCAGAGUGAAGCAAAGCUUGCUGAUAUAGACCUGGAAUUCGAGAAACCUUCAUCAGAAAACGAAGAUAACGAGGAAGAGGUCAUUGAAGAGAUAAUGGACGACCCUGGAGAUUCAACCGAAAAAAUAGGAGAUGUCUUGGUCACUUUGUACUGUGAAAUGAUGUUCCCUUCGCCAGAAGUUGUUGAAAAAAGUGGUAGUCCCGAACUGUGGAUGCGAAAUGCCAACUUACUCCUUUCAUUAGCACUUAAAAUCAGUGAACACUCACCAGCAUUCCAUUACUUACGUUUGUGCGUUGAUUUUCUACGGAUCAAUUUCAUCUCUGACGAAUUGCCAUUGUGUACUUUGAGUGAAAUCGCCACAACUCUUUCUCCAGAAUACUUGGAUCACGAGGAUUCAUUCGAAACGAUAACUGAGCAACUAAUUAGACCGUUGGAGGAAGAAAUGAAAGGUAACAGGCAUAAACGGGAAGCCUUACAGAAGUUCUCAGCUCUGUUUUACGGCCGUUGUAUUGACACAAAUGUUGAUACUUGUGGUGUUAGUCCUAUUGUUAAAGAAGUUCUUUCUUUGGAGCGACCUGAGUUGGUGUUGAAAAUGAGUCCUGUUGUGCUACGGUUACUCAUGGUUGAACAAAUGCAGUCUCCUGGCAUAUUUAAGAAUUUGAUCGACAAUCCAAGUGUCAUGGACAACUGUCCAUGUCUUCAGAAUAUCGAUGAAGUUUUCAGUGAUCUUUUUUCCAAUGGUUUGAUACAUCAUGAUUCAUAUCCUUCAGUAAUGACCUGCGAUUUAAUUGAGAGUCAGCUAGAUUUCAAGAAUGAUUUUGGUAUCAGUGAUCUAAAUAGCUCUGAUUGUGAAGUCCUCGUGCUUGCCAAAUCUGCUGUAAACGUGAUAGCUCAAAACGGUGAAGAUGCUUGUGGUAUCAGAGUAUUCUCUUCUGUUGCCUUCCUUCGAGGAUUCUUUACAAUGUUAGCACAGUUUAUCGCUGCAAAUCCUGGUGUUAUCGACAAAGGCAGCCCUUAUGUCCCAGUUAUAACUGAAGUCAAUUCAUUACUAAAAGAUGCUAAAUCAACCUUGCCGACAUUUUUCUUGAAACAACUCCGAGAGAAUGCAGGUAUAUUUGAUCUACAAAAGUGGUUUGGUGAGAAUAGCGUGCUUUCAUCAAUAGAGGAACUAUGGGCCAACGAAAAAUACGAAGAUAAGUCGGUAUUUACCACUGUUUUAAAACAUCCUGAAUAUAAAGACGCGAUGGCAGCCUACUGCAAAUUGAUGUCAAACGACAAGCAAUCAAUGCAAAAGUUUUUGAGCAAAUGCUGCGGUUCACAUAGCCAUGCUUUUGCUCUCCUUGGAAUCCUAAUAAACAUGGUGUACUUGAAACGUGCCGUAAGAAAACUAGCUCCUAAGGAAGAAAAACUUGUUGACUGGUUUCAAGAGAACGUUCCUCUUUUUUCUAGCUUGUUUCAAGAGCUUCUGCUACGAAUUAUAGGUCGUAAGGAUUUCCAUUGUCCAGAACUACAGCUAUCACCGGAAUCUUCAGUUGAUGAUGUCGAAUUUGCGCUGUUAGUUCUUCACAUCGCCUGUGUCGUCGCCACUGGUGCGCUAAAUGAGAACCUGCCAUUUUAUUGCUACGUUACAAAUCCUGUUAAGUUCAAACAACCUUUGGUUCUGGCUCAUUGUGAAGAGGAAUUACAUUCCAUAUUCAAGUACAAACCAUAUCUCAUGGACUCCGUUCUUGCGACCUGCCAAUGUGGUGUAAGGUUGGCCUUCAACAGUGAAGUAAAUGAAGCAAAGUGCCCUCGUUGUCAUGAAAUCUUGAGUGAUGAAACAGAGAGCGGUACGUCCGCAACACAGCCACUCUCCUUCCAUUGUGGUGCAAGUCUUGAAAGUGAUCUCUGCGCAAAACACAUGUGUCCAGCGGUGUAUCGUGCUUUGCAUCUCGUUGUUUACUCAUCCUACUACGCCGGAGUUGCACUUGGAACUUCGAAUAAAGAGAAUCUGUCAAGUGUCUUGAAUGUAUUAAAUGCAUUUGGUCCUGAUAGCGAUCCAGUGAAGACAUGUGUUAAGACCAUUAGAGAUGAUCUGUCCCAUCUAAUGAAAAUUCUUAGCUGCAAGAGAGAUGUUGCCAUUAAAACCAUGCAUCUUGUCCUUGAGAAAAGUUCAGAUCUUAUUACAAGUAACAGUAUGCUAGGAGCAAAUGACUGUUCCACGCAGGAAGGCCGCAGGGGAUGGGAAGUCGAGUUUUCACACCUUACGGAACCAGUGUUUUUAAAGCUACGUGAAGCUCUCGAGAAUAUGCAAGUGUCGAUAAAACUGCAACAGACGAAUGACAAUCAAGAAAACCUUUCACUUGAAUGCCGUAUUUUGGAACUCGACAACUAUCCCAACGAACCGACUGAGCAGAAUCAACAACUAAAGAGAUUAUUCCGUGCGACAAAGCAACCAUGUUUUGAAGAUUUCCGAUCAGCAUUCUUACAUUCUCCUAAAGAGAUUCAAUCAAAGCACAGUUUCUUGGCUUUGUUCUUCGCAAAGUUUGAGCAACUCCCGAUCAUUGGCCAUCUUCAUCAUCUGCUGAAAUGGUCUCGUCUGGUAUCAUCAGCACUGACCCACCGCAUUAGUAGAAAAGAUGCAGAAUCAAAGUCUAUCAAUGAUUUUAUCAGCGGCCAUCUUCUGGAAUUAGAGCGUUCUCCUCAGGAACUAGAAAGUUUAAGAUUGUUGUUCGACAGCUUCAAAGAAGCGUGGAACGAAACGCGUCCGCUAGUUAAUCAAGCGCUUGCUGAGAAAGAGUUGGACAAAAUGCCUUGGUUGGUGAAGACUGAUUGUAUAGCAUACUGUCUAAUGGAGAGUGAUUUUGGUGUCUAUCUUAAAGAGGCUGUUGGGAUUCUGGUUUCCUACCAAAAUUCAAUUCUAGACGUAAUACUUUCUCUUUCAUCCUCACAUCUCCAGCCCGCUUUAAGUGUCUUCGAAGAAGACCAUGGCAGUAGUGUCGCGUGCGUAACCAUUCAAGAGGUGAAAGAAAAAGAAAUCAUCUGUUUCCAGUGGUUUGACGCUGACUUGUUGAGAUACGGACAAAACAAUCUAGAGUAUGGCAAAGGCCGAAAAAUCACAUAUGAUUUUGAGCGAAUUGAAAUGUGGCUUGCAUCAAAAAUCGUGUUUGGAAAGUGCUUCUUGACCGGGGCACUCACAAGGUUUAUAUUUGCAAAGGAACUUUUCCACUCCUGUGGUCAAUUGUUGACAGAGAUUCGAAAACUGGUGAAACAGAAUCCAAUUUUGCCAGAGGAAGUAUGUAAAGGUUUAGCUAUCCUGAAAGAACGAAGAAUCAAGGAAGCCCAAGAUCUUCUCCAACAUAUCGAGGUGCUUAUCUUUCUGCUUAAACGAAAAUUGAAGACCUUCAACGUCGAUAUGACUUUAGAAGAGCUCGCUGAAGAAUGGACCUCGAUGUUACCGAGUCCCUUCCCUGUCAGUCUGUUACCAGAACCAAGAAGUUCCAUUAAAAUCAAGCACGUAGCUGCUCUUUACGAAGCCCUCGAAGAUCUGCUGGUUGAUGGCGCUAUUGACGGUCUAGCAGAUCAAUUUCGAUACCAGUUGCCGAUUAAAAUGAAAGAAGCCAUUUGCGCUGUGCUGGCCAAAGAUGUACUGGCGUUAAAACCACCCAACUUCCUUAAAGCGUUGCGCCGUUUCGUGUUUCGUUACCUCUCAUCCGAAACUGAAAGAUAUUGGCCCGAAGAAAGAAAAUCGUUGCAGUCGUGUUUGGACGAACCUUCGCUUUGGUCACCACUCCCACUGCCAAACCUUGACGAAAUUCCACGAGAAAUUACCCUAGAAAAUAUUCACUCGACCGUCAAGUACAUAGAAGAAGUGGAAAAGGAGAGGAAAGCAAGCAUUUCUAGAAGACCCGGUCUACGAAGUUCACCGCGUCAGCCUCAGAAAAUCAAACAACCAGGGAAAUCAGCACGACGUCGGGUUGAAAAUUUUAACUAGAUUCGACAAUUAAAGCCAACCUUUUUUUCCUAUUAUAAUUAUAUGUGUAACGUUUUAAUUUUUUCAUAAUAUAAUGCAACGAUCUUAGCUGAGCGUACAACACUCCUCGAACUGCUAGUGCUAAGCCUACAGGCAGUGGCGUAGCCAGCAUCGAUAAUUGGGGGGGGGCCAUAUUCAUAUAUUCAUG